AUGUUGAGAAAGAGCUUUAUUGCCAAGGAGAAGAAGAGGUUAACCCGCGUGCCGUCCCCUGCCAGACCCGUCCUGAAGGAUGUCCACUCGCGAACGGCCAAACCGAUCGUGCCAAAAUCCCCCAAAUUCAACAAGCAGCACGCGUCCGCCGCGCCGGUGACGCCUCAGAGCCGCGUUCCGAGACGCACCGUCCCGAGCGCGAAGGACAAACCCGCAUCAGCACCUGCAAAAAGCAACAUCAAGCCCUCAGCGACAAAAAAGGCCGUUAAAGUCACUCAGCAUGCAGCAUCCGAACCGAAACCGGCCUGCAAAGCGGUGGAUACCGGCGCUCCGCAGAUCGCCAAAAACAAGGCACGGCUGGCCCCGGUACGCGUCCCCACCGGACGCGGCGUCUGUCAGACGGACAGCAGCUCGGAUUUGUCCGACUGUCCCUCCGAGCCGCUGUCCGACGAGCAGAGACUCAUUCAGGCCGCCAGUAGCGACGCGGAGUCGGGCAGCGGAUCCGGUUCGAGCGAGCAGGCGGCCGGGGUUCGGGUUCGGAUCUCAGGGGCGGGAGCUGCACCUGUGCCCGGUGCGCACGCGGACAAAUGCAAAGCCGAGAAGGACGCACAAUUCAAACCGGAGGGCAAGGAAAUGGCCCAGGAGGAGCUGCUGAGGGAAAUCGAAGACCUUCGAUCGGAAAAUGACUACCUCAAGGAUGAAGUGGACGAGUUGCGAGCAGAGAUGGAGGAGAUCAGGGACAGUUACCUGGAGGAGGAGGUGUACCAGCUCCAGGAACUGCGCAGGGAACUGGACCGCUCUAACAAGAACUGCCGGAUCCUUCAGUACCGCCUGCGCAAGGCUGAACAGAAGAGCCUGCGUGUAGCUCAGACCGGACACGUUGAUGGAGAGCUUCUGCGCGGUCUGGAGCAGGACCUCAAGGUGGCCAAAGAUGUAUCUGUGCGUCUGCACAAUGAACUGGAGACGGUGGAAGACAAGCGCACACGGGCGGAGGAUGAAAACGAGCAGCUCAGGCAAAACCUCAUCGAGGUGGAGAUCUCCAAACAGGCCAUGCAGAACGAGCUCGAGAGAGCCAAAGAGACUGCUCUGCGGAGGCGAGGCAGUAGAGAGACCUUCAAAGAUAAGAAAUCUUUAACUCAGGAGGACAGUGCAGAUCUGCGCUGUCAGCUACAGUUUGCCAAGGAAGAAUCGUCUCUUAUGCGUAAAAAGAUGGCAAAACUUGGCCGUGAGAAGGAUGAAUUGGAACAAGAAUUGCAGAAGUAUAAAUCAGUAUACGGCGAUGUGGACAGCCCUUUGCCCCUGGCGGAGGUGACCGGUGGAGGCCCCCACACCUCUCGGGAAGCCGAGUUGCGGUUACGGCUCAAACUGGUGGAAGAGGAAGCCAACAUUCUGGGAAGGAAGAUCGUAGAGCUGGAGGUGGAAAACCGCGGCCUCAGGGCGGAAAACGAAGACCUACGCUGCCAAUACGAGAGAGACUGCUUUGGGCGCGAACCCUUCUCGAGUGUCCCUACCUCACCGUAUGGUGGCGAUGCCCUGGAAUCUGCGAGUGAACUGCGGCGACACUUGCAAUUUGUAGAAGAGGAGGCGGAGCUGCUGCGGCGCUCCAUCUCUGAGAUUGAGGACCACAACAAGCAACUGACGUCUGAGCUCAACCGCUUCAAAUUUGGACCCAGCCAAGCCGACCGGGAGUCCGAGGGAGCCGAGGGUGGAAAUGGUGGCACGCUCAAACCUGGUAACGGAGGAGGUUAUGGAACAGGGAGUGGUGCCACAUUGCAGGAGGAGCUAAAAACCGCAAGACUCCAGAUCAACGAGCUAAGUGGGAAAGUGAUGAAGCUGCAGUACGAGAACCGGGUGCUAAUCUCUAACAUGCAACGCUGUGACCUGGUGGCAAACUUGGGGAUACACACCAGUAGCCCAAGGGAUAGUGAUGUGGAUAGUGAUGCCGGGCGAAGGGAAGCAGACGAGGACGAGAUGGCCAGGCUUCUGCUGCUCCACCCCAAACGUGAAGGUCCUGUUGGUGGGGAAAGCGACUCUGAUGACUUGUUUGAAAAAACAGCAACUUCUGGAUUUGUCAGUGGCGAGAAAGCCUCAGAUCCUGGUGAACUGGGAGUGGCCGAGUUGGCCCAGCGAAGACAGGAAGACCGGGAGACGCUCAACAAUGUCAGGCGUGAAGCUGAGCGGCUUGGUAAAAUGGUGGAGCGCCUCAUCGUGGAUACGGACAGUCUGAUCCGCGAAGGUCGACUGGUUGUCCUGGGAGGGGAACUUCUUGCAGAAGGAUUGGAGUUCAGAGGCGAUGGGGGCUCUGCUGAAUCUAAACCUGACUCUCAGGUGCUGGAUUCCAUCAACACCCGCAUGAGGGCUUUCCGUUCGGAACUCCAGCAAUUCAUGGACAAAGUGGACCACCUAGGGGAGGGUCUAAGGGACCGCGUUGAUGACCUUUCCCCCAUGCCCAACCUCACCGAAUCUAGCAGCUUCCUUUCCACGGUUACCUCCAUGUCAAGGGACUCGCCUAUUGGGACACUGGGAAGGGAUCUGGUGACGGACUUCCAGUACGGGCGCAGGGAGGAGCAGGAGUGGUGCCUAGAGCGGCAGAGUGGCCCGGAGGCCCCUGGACAGGGACAGGGCGCCGCUAAGGGCUCCGUCACAGCCAGGGGAGGCCCUGGACUCAGUAGAUACACCAGACCCCACAGUUUCAGACCCGAGUGCUGGGAUUUUGAGACUGCUGUUCUGUGUUCUGAUGGGGUCCAGCUCCGUGACCCGGUCCUGUCCGAGAUGAGAACACCAACCAGAGAAACACAGCUGCGCCUGGAGCACGACAGGAGGAUGAGAGACAGCUUCACUUCGUCCAUCACUCAGGAGGAGGAGAGGAGGCGAGCCGAGGCCCGGCGAGGACUCGAGCUGCAGGGACUUCAAUCUCAUGAGCCAACAUGGCCACAGGAAAGAGUCCUGCUGCAACAGGAAGUGAGGUUGUUCCGCCACAAUAUGGUCAUUGUCUACAUGAAGCUGCACUGGAUCCUGAUGCACUGGAGGCUCGGCCGCAGGACGGAUGGACUGGAGGAGGGAGCGCAUGCUGAGUAUGAACGAUUGGAGAACAUUCCAGAACUGGGCAUUAUGGUCGAUCAGGGUGAUGGAGAGACGGAGAGGGAAGACAAAGUGUGCGCCCAAAUCACAGGAAGUGACCUCACAGAGCCCAGCCCCCUCCUGCUGUCACCAGAGACAUUCCAGUACCAGAAACAGGCGGGUGACAGUCGGCGGGUGCUGCAUGCGCUGCGCUCUCUGCUGGAGGAGUUCAGGGCGGAGCUCCGCGAGGAGGCCCAGCGGCGAUGGCAGCUGCAGCAGACGUUAGCCAAUGAGACAGCAGCGUGGGAGAUACAGCGCGCUGAAAUGAGGAGUCACGUCGCCAAGCUGCAGGAUAUGAGAGGUGAGUCUGCAGGCGCAGUCGCAGAUGAAGGUGCAGACUCUGCAGACGUGUUACAGCAGGAGCGGGAGGAACAGCACCGUCUGCUGGCCGACAGUCACAGCACGGCACUGGAGCUGCGCUGGAAACUGCAGCAUGGAGAAAAGCGCUGGACCCGUGAGAGGAAUGAACUACUAGAGCGGUUCGAGAAAGAGAGACAGGAGUGGGACCGCAGCUUACGGGAAAUGCACCGCAAGAUGGAAAAGAUGCAGAAAGAUGUUCUUCAGUCAGAAGGAGGCGCAGCACAUGUCUUCUCCCCUCAGGAGAGCCCCUGUAAAGCUCCUAAAUCUCCACGCUCCCCCUGCACAGCCGCACACUCGCGCUCCCACUCCGACUCGGAGGCCACGCUGGAGGAGAAGGGGGCGAUGGGCAGACACAGACCCUUUGAGGGACACCUGCCCCCAGGGAGCCUGUUCCUGGAUGCCCUCUCUCUGGAUCCUCUGAGCGAAGCCAGAUCCUCUGUGCCUCCUCCAUCACGUCUGGAGAGCGAAAAGAGGUUCCCUCACCUGAAAGAAGCGCUGAAUGAGAUUUCUGAGAGUGUGGAUCCUGCCAUUUACCCUGAGGAAGAGAAGAGCAGUGGUAGCCUACUCAGGGCGAAGUCAGUUUGCUCCAUGAGCGACUUCCAGCGUUUGAUGGACAGCUCCCCCUUCCUACCAGAUAAGAGCAAGCCUGGCGAGCACGGACGGGACGAUGUGACUCCUCCCCUUUCACCAGAUGACCUGAAAUACAUUGAGGAGUUCAAUAGUAAGGGUUGGGAUCUGCCCACCAGCUCCCUGGCUGCUUGCCCCAUUCCUGGCCCAGUAAUCCCCUCUCCAGUGAUGGAGGCAUGGACAGAAAGGGCAGAAUCCCGAAGGGCCGAGUCUACUUCAGAAGCAUUCCAGCCAGCCUCUUGGUACCUGACCACCAGCGCUACCUUGACCACCAACACCAUGAGUAGCCCUGAGUACUGCCAAAAGCUCCCACUCAGGGCGGCCCAGGGGGGUGAACAGUUUGGGGUGAAUGUUCUCCACAGUCUCGUUCAAGGGGAGCGGUCUGCUCCAGGCUCCCCUGAGCAGGAGUACAUGUUCUCCAAAGUGACCAACGUAAAGGGAGAGGAGGUAGUAGGAGGUGCUGAGGAGGUGUUUGGAGGAAGGCCGUGUGAGCUUAGGAGUCAUUUGGAGGCAGGACUUAGGCCUGGAGAACGUCCAUCAAUUUGCGCAGCAGUCGGGUAUACCUCAUCAUUAGAUCUGGAGCUGUCACGGAAUCUGAGCGACGACAUGAAGGAAAAGGUGUUUUGUGCCCGAAAUGCCAUCCAAUCAUCUUCUGCAUCCGGAUCCAGCCCUCCGGAAAGGCAGCUACGGGACAUGGCAUCCCAGACGAAUGGUUUAACCACACGGGGAACACAGACCACCCAGACCAUCAGUGUGGGAUUGCAAACAGAGGCUCUUCGCACCCUCACAAGCAGCCCUCACCGCUGUCUGACACCCAAAGGAGGCUCCACGCCCAUCUCAUCUCCCUCUCGUAGCCUGAGAAAGAUGCAGUACUCUCCAGUUGUACAGGCCAAGUUUGAACGCCCAUGUUGUUCGCCGAAAUACGGUUCACCCAAGCUCCAAAGGAAACCCUCUAAUUCUGGCAAAUCAGAACAACCUGCCAGCCAAAUACGUGCUCCCACCCCAACAACCACUGCCCAGCAGCAAAAAGGGAACAACGAAUCCGCUUGGGCCCGUUCGACCACGACCAGAGACAGUCCCGUUCACACCACCAUCAAUGAUGGCCUCUCCAGCCUCUUCAACAUCAUCGACCACACGCCCAUCGCUUACGACCCCUUGCAGAAAUUCAACAAGUCCCCAAGCCGCUCUCGUCCCACUGAAGCAGGGCCUCAAGGGCCAGCGGACCCCAAAUCUCCCAGUGUUUGUGCUGCACAGGAGCCUUUGAGGAACUCUCGGGGCCGGUCCCCAAGCCCUGUGCAGCUGAUUGUAGAGACGCAAGGCGAGAAAUCUCCAGAGGUGAUUAGCAUCAGACAGGACCUGUCCGCUCCCCCGGGCUACACGCUAGCUGAGAAUGCAGCACGAAUCUUGAAUAAGAAACUACUGGAGCAGAGCUUCAGAGAAGAAAGGAGGCUUUCCACUUCAUCCGCAGCUGCUCCGAACAAAACCGGAGACACCGAGAAACCAGAAUGUCUUGAGGACUUGCCUCGUUCACCAGUGGCUCCACCUCUGGACUCCUGCUUCUUGCGUCCGGCUCGUCCUUCCAACCGCUGCCCUCCGUCCCGCUGGGCCGCCCACUCGCCCUCAUCCUCGCCCAACUGCAAAGGCCGAAGGGAGAUGUUCCGCUUCCCCUCGCCCGUCAGACCGGUUCAGACCAUCCCAGAGACAGAGGAGCCCGGUCAGGAGGUUUUCCCUUAACCAGCCUAGACUACAUCCUUCUGUCACGUCAAUCAAGAUGUAGAACAGUAGCUUAGAAUUUCACUUCUAAAUUGCCCAAAAAAGGGAAAUAUUGAGUUAAAUCAAGAUUGUAUUUUAUGCUUUCACUCUCCUUUACCAUCCUGUUCCUGACCACACGUACGCACACCGCCGGAGCGACGGAACCAUCGAGAACCUUUCUAAAAACCAUUUAACUGCCCUGCCACUAGAGGGCAGAGUUCUGUGAGCACCAGCUGAACUGAUCCAAUCGGAAACAGUUCUAGAAAUUCAGUUUCGGAAUUAUCAAGGACCUGGAAUGUACUGACGCAAAACACCGCAAAGUGUUCCAUAAGAGGUGCCUACACACGCGUGACCUCGCAACGGUCCCGUACCCGUGUGUGUCCGUGUACAUGUAUGCAAUACAUACCACUCGAUAUGUGUUGGUCAUGAAGCCGCAAACUUAUUUUCAGAUGUUCUGAAAAAUCGAACUGGAUAGUAAUAACGUUUGUCGGAACAGCAUAAAAGUUUACAUGUGUUGAUUUUUGUUCAUUUUGGAGGGGUGAAUAUCAUUUGUUAAAUGAUGUUCCGUGUAUAUAGUUUAUAAAACUAUUUUCUUAAUUUCCGCGUACAUCCCGUUUCGUUGGAAACCUUUGAUGCUUGAAUUAAAAAGACUCAGUUGUAUUUGUAAAGAGAAUUAGAUAAAAACACACACACACACUCUAGCUCGACAGGGACUAAUGAUACAUGAUGUCAAUCAUAAUGUAUUUUAAAACCCAAUGUAAAACUGAAUGUUCGACUCCGUACACGAUGACAGGAGAGUAUAUUCACACUGAUUAUCCUUAUGCACAUUUCCCAAGUCAUAAAAUCCUGAAGGAAUAUGUGCAGGAUUCCAGUUGGAAGUUACGUCGUAAUUUGAAGCCAAUUGUAAAGGAGUUUAUUAACUGUAACAUGUAAACCUGCUCUGGAUGAAACGUGCUGCAAAAACCAAGAUGAAAAAUAAAACAACAUGUUUCCCUCAGAUCUGAGAUUUAAAUGCAUGAAUAUUUAAUAAGCCAUCCAUUGAGACAGGCUCUGAUUGGUUGUUUGUUGCUUAGCAACUCAUUGUAGCAUUCUAGCACUGCAUUGUUUUAUACUGUAGACGUUUGGCAGCAAAUUACGGGACUAAUGUUUAAAAGUGAUACAAACCUAAAAUUAAAAGUGUGCAACAUUGCUCACUGAACCUUAAAGUAAUAGUUGACCCCAAAAUGAAGAUUUGCUGAAAAUGUACUCACCGUCUGGCCAUGCAAGAUGUAGAUGAGUUUGUU